GGCGACGCUCGCUGCCUACUGUCUGCUGCUGCUGCUGCCGCCGUCGCCGCCGCCGCCGGUGUCAGCCUCCCUCGGGAGACUCCAUUUGCUCUCAGGUUGGUUUGGCCGCCGCGAAGGCAGGCGGAGAGCGAUGCCCCCGGCCCGCGGACUGGCCUCCCCUGGGCCAAGCGCCCGCCCGCUCGCUGGCUGGCUGCGGCGGUGACAUCCUGGUCGCUGGCGUCCACGGAGGAAUCCGGGCUCCCACGGAGCAAAGACGUCCGGCGUUCCGGAGCUCUCCGUGCAGGGAGAGGCCCUCGCUAACGCGGCUCCUCUCUGACCUCUUAAUUUCAGGAGGUUUCGGAGGUUACGAGUGCCUAUACAGCCCCCGACAGGAACUACUUCUGUUGGCCCAUCGAGGAUCAUCUUUCACCAGGAUUAUCGUAACAUCUUCACUGAGCCUUCCCCCACCCCAUACCCUCUACCAUGAGUCCUGAUUUCUGCCAAUGAAGUUUUUUGAUGCUUUCUUUAAUCAUGUGACACCACUUCUUGUCCACCUUUUUCCUUUUCAGUUGUCAAACACAUGAGGUGGAGGUUUGUGUCAUGUUAAAGUACACAAGUUUCCUGCCUGUCCACUUUCACCUGAUUUGCACUGCUCCCUUCUGUUCAGCUUGCCUUACCCUGCUUGCUUACAAUUUCCAUAACUACUCACUUGCACAACGUGUAGCAGCCCUUGCCUGGGGAGGUAGCAUUCCAUACAACGCACUGCCUGACAAGGACAGCAGUCAGGGGGCGAGUUUUCCCGUUGUAUUUUCCUAUCAGGUUUGCAAGCCCUGUGUUCAACUCUUUGUUCCCUAGCACGUUGCCCCAAAUACUCCCACCAUAGUCUUAGUUCCUUUAACAUAGAGCUUCGCCCGUAAGGAUGGCAAGAAUCAAGUAUGUAAUAUGACUGUUUUGGAGACCUUGCUGGUACAAUAUUGGUUGUCAUAGCCACUGAGAACGCAGUUCAUGAAAAGAUCUUAAACUAAGGGAGGAGGAAGCAAGAUAGAAGAUAGGAUUCAGUGGAGCCAGUCCUUGUUGUUUGAAGUUUGUAAGUUUCAGAACGGCAAAGUGAAGAGAGUCAUGUAGGCCUUUUCUGGAAAUUGGCCAGCACACUGUCCGUCUAGGUCCUAGGGGGGCAGGAAAGGGACCUUAAAACCCCAUUUUCUAGUCUCAUUGUGUCCAAAUCUAAGUUGUUAAAUAUCUUGUUCUAGUAAUCGUCUAAAAUAUUAGAUACAAUGUUGGGGAAACGAAAGCGUGUGGUGUUGACAAUUAAGGACAAGCUUGACAUUAUUAAGAAACUAGAGGAAGGCAUCUCUUUCAAAAAACUUUCUGUGGUGUAUGGAAUUGGUGAAUCCACAGUGCGUGAUAUUAAAAAAAACAAAGAAAGGAUAAUAAACUAUGCCAACAGUUCAGAUCCUACAAGUGGGGUAUCGAAACGUAAAUCUAUGAAGUCAUCAACAUAUGAGGAACUUGAUAGAGUUAUGAUAGAGUGGUUUAACCAACAGAAAACAGAGGGGAUUCCAGUGUCUGGAACGAUUUGUGCAAAACAAGCCAAGUUCUUUUUUGACGCCCUGGGGAUGGAAGGUGAUUUUAAUGCAUCAUCUGGCUGGCUGACUCGAUUUAAGCAGCGCCAUGGUAUUCCAAAGGCUGCUGGUAAAGGAACAAAACUGAAAGGAGAUGAAACUGCUGCCAGUGAGUUUUGUGGUAACUUUCAGGAAUUCGUUGAGAGAGAGAAUCUACAACCAGAACAAAUUUAUGGUGCUGAUCAAACUGGAUUGUUCUGGAAAUGCCUACCGUCAAGGACAUUAGCUCUUGAAACUGAGCGGAGUACUUCUGGUUAUAGGUCAAGCAGAGAGAGAAUCAUUAUUAUGUGUUGUGCAAAUGCCACAGGUUUGCACAAACUUAAUCUUUGUGUUGUGGGGAAAGCAAAAAAACCUCGUGCGUUCAAAGGAGCUGACCUUUCAAACCUUCCUGUCACUUAUUUCAGUCAAAAAAGUGCAUGGAUAGAACAUUCUGUUUUCAGACAGUGGUUUGAAAAGUACUUUGUGCCACAGGUACAGAAGCAUUUGAAAUCCAAGGGGCUUCUAGAAAAAGCAGUGCUCCUUUUGGAUUUUCCCCCAGCACAUCCAAAUGAAGAACUGUUGAGUUCGGAUGAUGGCAGAAUAAUUGUGAAAUAUCUACCACCAAAUGUCACAAGUCUCAUUCAACCUAUGAGCCAAGGAGUUCUAGCCACAGUGAAAAGAUACUACCGAGCAGGACUUCUCCAGAAGUACGUGGAUGAAGGAAUUGACCCCAAAAUGUUCUGGAAGAACUUGACAGUGUUAGAUGCAAUUUAUGAAGUGUCAAGAGCUUGGAACAUGGUAAAAUCAAGUACCAUAACCAAAGCAUGGAAAAAACUUUUCCCUGGCAAUGAAGAGAAUUCAGGCAUGAAUAUUGAUGAAGGAGCCAUUUUAGCAGCUAACUUAGCAACAGUUUUACAGAAUACAGAAGACUGUGAACAUGUUGACCUUGAGAAUAUUGAUCAGUGGUUUGACUCUCGGAGUAAUGACUCAAACUGUCCAGUGCUAACUGACAGUGAAGGUGCCGAGGACCAGGCCAAGCCUGCCGAGCACAAGCCUUCCAGUAAGACUAGAAAAACAGAACUGAACCCAGAGAAGCAUAUUAGCCACAAAGCUGCACUUGAAUGGACCGAAAAUUUACUGGAUUAUCUAGAACAACAGGAUGACAUGCUUCUGUCUGAUAAACUGGUGUUGCGGAGGCUUCGAACGAUAAUAAGAAGAAAACAGAAGAUCCAGAAUAACAAAAGUCAUUAAUAAUCCUGUUAAGGGUUUCAGUGUGUUUGCAUCUUUGUGACUUUAUCUGCAGUGGAACUUAAUUAUCUUGUUUGAAGUGCUGUGGAUUUCAAGGCCAAAUACAUUUUAUUAAUGAAUUUAGGAUUAGAUGCUGUUUUGGAUUACUUAAAUUACUGUGCUUGAAUAUCGGUUCUAGGAAGUGAGCAUUGACAUGUAUCUUGUCUGUUUCUAAUCUGUAUUAUACUAAUUUAGAUCAUAAGGUACCUGAGGCCAGGGAUCCUGUAUCUGUUUUGUGCCUGAAUUUCAUUGUCUAAUAGAGUACCAUGCACACUCUAGGCAAUCAAUAAAUCUUUCUUAAAUUGAAUUUUUAUGACUUUCUCUGAACUUCAGUUUCCAAACUGAAAUACGUGGAGGGUAAGUUUCCCUUUCUACCGUUUUUCCACCUGCCGAAAAUUUUAGAACUCAGCGAAGAUUAUACUUGAAGUACGCGUAUUUCACUGUGAAAGCAGAGAACUGAAGGAAAAUAGUCUGAAGCCUGAAAUAUGGCAUUCUAUAGCAAUAGUAUUUGGACAAUCAGCAAUUCAGAUUGGCUGUCUCUGUAUAAUGAAGUAAGAAGAAACAAGGUUAAAACGUCCCCAGGCAAAGGACUCGCACUUCACUUUUAUUUCAUCUGGCAGUAGGGAGAGUUCCUUCAGAGUUGUGGAAAGAAUGCCAUCAUUGUUCCAGAAAAAUAGAUUUCAUUUUCCAAAUCAUUGCUAUUAGAAGAGAAUAAGGUUUAAA